AUAAACAAAUUUUUUUUUUUUUUUUGAACGUGACUACACUAAUACACAAAUUAUUUUAUAUAUCUUGAAAAAGUAAAUGUGACAUAGCUGUGAUUAAAUCUAUUGAUGUUGGUAUAAAUACUCGCUUGGUUUAUAUCACAAAAUAGUAAUGAUGAUUUGAUUGACUUUGAAGAUGAAGAAGAGCUUAUUGAUAAUCUUGAUGAAAUGUGUGGAAAACUAUAUCAAAUCUCAAUGGAAAAUAAUAUUUCGAUAAUUACUUGAAUAGGAUCUGAGGUUCUCAAAGACAUUGACGACAGCGUUUUUAGAUAAGUGAUGAUAAGUGCAAGAAAAAUAUAUUUUGAAGAAGAUCCACAAACCUCUGAUGAGGCUGACAAUCACCAAAAAGUUGACAUCAAUUCACUGAAUUAUGAUUCUUUAGCACAAAUUUUUAUGCUGCUACCAAUAGCAGAAAGGAUGGACAUGGAAAAAGUUUGUACGAAGUGGAAAGAGGCAGCUCCACUAGCUUGGUGUAACAUUAAAAAAUACAAAUGUGAAACAUCAAUUGGACGUUCUUAUGAUAACCGUCUGUUGACACAAUCAUACCUCGAGAAAAUAUUAUUAAAAUGUGGUUUUUAUUUGAACGAAUUGACUCUUUCAAAUAUUUGUCACUCAAGCAUUAUGCCGUUUGUUGGUGAUCACUGUCAAAAUUUAACAAGGCUUGAAUUCGAAUUUUACGACAAUCCAUUAACACGUAAUGCUAAUCACUUUGUUCAAGCAUUUACACUGUUGGAUAAAUUGAAAUACAUUAAAUUGAAAUUAGUUCAUAAUUACUCUAAUAAAGCAAUUAAUCUCUUUGAAAUAGUUCAAAGCCUUCCAGAAGGAAUUAAUGAAAUUCAUUUAUAUUUUCGGGUUCUUUUCAAGUAUAGUAGAAAAAAAACAGAUUCUAUGGUUUUUAAAAAAUUCAAUAAUCUUCAAAAAUUGACAAUACAUGGCGCCUACUUGGACGACAUAAUUUGUCAGGAAAUAGCAGAAAAAAAAACGCUUGUUCAUCUUGAUAUUGAACUACAUCAUAUACACGAAGGGUUUUUGCUAUUAGAUAAACUCGUCAAUUUGAAAAAUAUAGAACUAUUUAUAACUAAACGUUACUUUAUAGAUGACGAGGUUACAAAUGACCUCUCUAACAAAGUAAUGAAUUCUAUUUUUUGUACAAGCAGAAAUCUAAAACAUCUUGAUAUGACAUAUGAUCACUACGAUAUAAAUGAGUUUCUUUUCAACAAAUGGAUAAACUUACAAAACUUACAAUUUUUUGGUAUCAAAUGUGAUAUAACGCUUGACUUAGCAAAUAAAAUUCUCGAAUAUUGCAAGAACUUAAAAGAUUUGAAGAUACCUUGUACUUCCCACUCUGCUCUGGAAAUUUUAACAAAGUUAGAAAAUCUUGAAAGUUUAAUAAUUUAUGGUGACGUCAAGCUCACAGAGAAAUCAAUAACCGCAAUUUCAAACAAUUGUAAAAAACUUAAACGUUUAGAAAUGUUUAAUUGCUCUAUAGUACCAUCCCAUGGUGACCUACUUUCUUCUCCAUCUGUCCUUGAUGGGUUAUCCAAAUUGAAAUAUCUUGAACAUCUAGACUUGAUGAAUGCAGAAAAUCUUGAAGAUAGCACAAUUAUUGCUGUUGCUAAUAAUUGUAAAAACCUAAAAUAUUUAAAUAUCUCCCGUGUCUCAACUAUUACGGAAACAGCUUUGGUUGCUUUAACAAAUUUGGAAAACUUACAAGUACUAGACGUAUCCUUUCUUGAAAGAAUUACGGACGACUUCAUUAUCAAGUUGAAAGGAUUAAAAGAAUUGUAUUGUACUAGUUGCAUAAAUCUUACUGAUACUGGUAUCAUUCAAGUUAUAAAAAAUAACCCAGAUCUUCAAGAGCUUGAUAUCGCGUGUAUAGAUAAUAUUACAAUUGACUCGACUAUUGCUCAUCAGGCAACUAAAAAUCGUACAAAUGGCAUCAUUUUACACACAACUGCAUAUUCGUUAUAUAAAGGACCUCCUCAGUUGAAUUUUUAAAGACAGAAUUCAAAGACAAUGCGAACUUAUUGUAAUAGAAAAUUCUUAUUAUUACUCAUUUUCUACAAUAUGUAAAUGUAUAUACAAUGUAUACAUAAAUGUAUAGUUGGUCUCAUAAAAGGUCCAAUGUUAAUGCUGAUAUUUUUGCAAAACAAAAUUAAAAAAUAAAUAUACCUUUUCAAAUGA